CUGGUCAGGAGGUUGACGUACCCCUGAGGUCGCUCCUGCAGGCCUAUCCAAAUUAGCGUUCUAGCUAUCGUCGUGGAGCGGGUGGAUCUCUAUGGUAUACUUUGGCUGUGCUGAGUUACAGGGACGUGCGCGGGGGAGGGACGGCGUACUUAAGGGCGGGGCGGCGGUUCAUGUGUACUUUCCGAAAACAGCGAUAGACACUCGACCAUAUGGAACGUGCCGCGUUCGUUCAACCAUAUCCAGCCGACUACCAGGAUGCGACCAACAACAGUUAUUUCGAGGGCAUGGUGCACUGGGGCGACCCUUACGGAGAAUCGUCCGGUAGCCCAGCAUCCCAGCCGAGAUGUAUCACGCCGACCCAGGAGCCGCCGUAUACGUCGCCACUCCCAGCGCCUCGCGCGUUGUCCACCGCCUUCAGCAGCAUCCCCUCCUCCACGUACGAUCCUCGCCCCGACGUGGAGCUCGUAUCCUCAGACAAUGUACACUUCUCUGUCCGCAGUGACGUCCUUCGCCGUGCUUCCUUCAACGACUUCGCAGGCGCACUACAGUCCAUCCCGCGGCGCAUCUCGAGCGAACUCCCCCGCUUGCACGUCCCAGACACCGCCGGGGUGCUCAACAUACUCCUGCACGCCAGUUACGGAACGUCCCCCAUCCCAUUCACCCCGUCCUGCUCGACGCUUGUCGAAGUCGUGCGCCGCAUGCCCACCUACGGACUCGACCCCCAGGCGUACGUCGGCUACGGAAGCGUGCUCUUCGAGUGCAUUCGCCCAUACGCCGCGGUCGCACCCAUGGAGGUGUACGCUCUCGCCGCCGCGCACGACCUCCUCGCGCUCGCGCAGGUCGCGUCCACGUACCUGCUCUCUUACCCGCUACAGUGCAUCACAGAGGCGCAAGCGCGGCUCAUCGGCGCAGCAUACCUCGAGCGGCUGGUCAGGCUGCACCGCACGCGGCUGGCGACGCUGCACGAGCUCCUGCGCUGCCCGCCCGAGUUCCACGCGGAGACGGCGGGGUGCAGCUUCGCCGCGCAGGAGGACAUGACGCGCGCGUGGGAUGGGGCGGUGGAGUAUGUGAUGAAGCACGCGAGGCCGGAUAUUGUGGCCAACACGUUGCAGCAAAAGCUCGAGAAGCUGAAGGAGGGUAUGAUAUGCCAGGAGUGUAAGAAAGUGGUCGAGCGGAGGAUCCGGGACGCGGUCGUCAACUGGACGAUGGCGCCAGGGAGUAUCUGACCAGACGGAUGAGGCAUGUUAUGGGUUCCCCUUUCGUCCCAGUUUUGGGUGACUAUGACUGGUAUUUGUUUAAGCCAGAUCUCGCAAGCCCAGGUCGGUGAAG